GCAAAUAAGAUGGAAUUCAAAAUCAUGAAGACACAUAAAAUUAUUGGUCUCUUGAAUAAGAGAGGCUUUACUUCUAUCCAAGACAAGGCUGAGCUUGAGGAUAUCAACACUGAUAUAGCCCAGGAAUUAUAGCUGAGUGGAUGCUUUAUAGUUUUGGUCAAGAUCCUAAUAAAUUCAAGAAUCAAAAUUAUGAUUGAUCUCUAGUGACUAUAAUCCUCCUUCUGAAGCAAUGCUUUAUUGAGAUAAACUGCAAGGAAAUUUUUGAUGUCAACGAUAUCUUGAACCCUAAUUGGAUCAGAUGGAGAGAAUUCAUAUGCUCUUUUCUACAUUUUUCAAAAUUUGUAGACCAAACUGAUAAAAAUGAGGAAGAACUUCAGACAUUAUAAAAGAUGAGCUCCAGAUGAAGAAGCAGCACUGUCUCUCGCUUCGUAAAGAGGUAGAGGCUCUUGACGAAUCCAACGAAGAAUUUGUUCUAGAUGAGAAAGAAAUAUCGCUAUCAGAUCAACUCCCGGUCAUUGAGUCACAACAUAAGUCUCUUGAAAGCUCUAAAGAAAGACUAGAGGCAGAAAAUGAGAGGCUUUCAGAUAAAAUCAGAGCAUUACAGACCAAGUACUCUGAUCUCAGUAUGCAACUGGACCAGCUCAAGUCCCAGAUCGUCAGGAGCCCAGAGAAAAUAGCCAAAAUGGAGCAAGAAGCUAAGGAUGAGUAUGAACAGAUAGUUCAGAAAUAAUGAAGCUUUGCAAAGCAAAAGAGAUGAUCAAGUUACUUUGAUUUAUUCACUCAGGAAUAAGGUCAUGAAUGGAUAUUCUCUUGGCCAACUCAAAGACUGCAAAUAUGAAUUGCAGACUAAAAAGUCAGAUCUUGAAUCCAAAUAAAUCUGAUUUAAAGCAACUGAAAACUGAGAUAUCUCAAUUAGAAACUGAGAUAUCUCAAUUGGAGACUGAAAAGAAGAUGAUUGCUAUCAAGAAUACUAACUUACAGAAGACCUACCAGAAUUUGGUUGAGCAGAAGGAUAUGACAGCUGAGAGAAUUAAUAAAUUGAAUAGCUCAAUAGAAGAGGUUAAUGAAGAAAUAAGCUUAGUGCAGUUGACCACUGAUACCAAUGUAAAGAAGAUAACCAAAGAGGGUGAAAUGAUUAUCGAUAAGACAGAAAGAUGGCUUUCUGUGUUCCAGAAAGAACUUUAUAACAUCCAUCAACUUGCUGAAGCUUCAUAAUAUUGUCUAAGUAACACAGUUUUG